AUGGAUGGCGCUAGAGAGACAGGAAAAAGACGACGACAACAACAGAAGUAUUACCCACAAUGCACUGGGCCGUGGUGAGAGCGCGCUGAUAUCAGUUAAUAGGGGAACGGAAGAUACACUGUAGCGUAUGAAAGAAGUCUAAUGCAUGGAUGUAGCCAUAUAUAUUGCAGUGUCCUUGAACUGUUCACCCGCUUCUCCGUUUCUAUUCAACAUCCUGCUAGGUGUUGGAACACCGACAUGGCUCCAUAUAACCUACUGACGGCCACCGCUAGCCUCAUGGCUAGGUCAUUCAGUGCAUUCUACACAAACACGCCUGCAAGAUGCACCAGCAUCGUCUGCAGUGGAACUAUCAACCCAGUGAAGUAUCUGACCACGCAGACCAGCGGCCCACCAAAGAGACCUCUAAACGGAUACAUGAGAUACGUUCUCCAGCAGAAACCAGUUGUGAUCAGUCAAAACCCAGAAAUCAAGCUAGUGGAUGCAGUCAGGAAGAUCGCCCAGCAGUGGAGGAUGAUGAGCCCCGAGCAGAAACAGCCGUUCCAGCAGGCCUGGGUCCAGGCCAUGAAGCAGUUCAAGGUGGACCUCCAGAAGUACCAGGCCCAGCUGAGCCCGGCUCAGCUCCAGCAGCAGGCCCUGGAGAAGAGGCAGAAGAUGGCUAAACGAAAGGCCAUCAGAAAGAAGAGGGAGUUGAACGUCCUUGGGAAACCCAAACGGUGUCGAACUCCUUUCAACAUCUACAUGUCGGAGCAUUUCCAGGAGGCCAGAGGAACCACCACCCAGGCCAAAUUGAAGUCGCUGUUGGACGAUUGGAGGAAUCUGUUCAGCCAUCAGAAACAGGUCUACAUCCAGCUGGCUGAGGACGACAAGAUCCGCUACAAGAACGAGAUGAAGUCAUGGGAGGACCACAUGGUGGACAUCGGACGUGAAGAUCUGGUCCGGGAACAGACCCAGAGCAAAAAGAAAAAAACUGCUGCUGUGAGGAGAGCAACAAAGAAGACUGCAGCUAAAUCGGUGAAGAAGGCCACUCCCACAAAGAAGAAGUCAAAAACAUCCAGCAAGGCGAAACCGAGUGCUUCAGCUAAAACUGUCCGAAAAGGCUCUGCAAAAAAGACCUAAGAUGUGAUUAGAAGUGAGUCCAAAUGACUGAAACUAGCUCACCUUUUUGUUUAGCUUUGUUUCUUUCUUUUUUUUGACCUCAUCACGUUAGAACUGACUCAUAUUCUUCUUUUAUAUAUUCUAACAAAUAAACCUCUACUUUCAUAGGUCUAUUUUUACAUAAUGUGAAUUCAUUAUUUCCGUCGCAGCUCAGUCUGAAUCAUGUCAAUUUUUAUUUACAGUGUUUUCUCCUUCAAACGAACAUUUGCGUUGACAGUAACACUGGAAGUUUUUUUUUAGAGACAUUUAGAGACAGCUGUCUCUAAAUGUCUGCAUUGAUUGUCUCCGUCCAAAAACAAGCCCUCUGAAUUGUAGUAUUACUGGAAAGACUGACACUUGGUGAAAUAUUCUGUAUUUGUUACAAAAAGAAAAUGAAAACCAUCAGUGUCUAUUGUUUUUCUAAAAAUGUUUUCAAUUAGAGAAGGUGGAUCUUGA